AAUGUUGACAGUUGAAUCAAGAUUCCAGUUCCACAUGGUAUCAUAAUCUUAGUCUAUAGUUAAUUUAUUAAUAUUUUAUUUGGAAAGUUCAAGACAAUUUAAUUUAUUCUUUGGCUCUGGAGUUAGGACCACUUGACGGAAUUCGGAACUUAUCGCAUUCUAUUAUCAAUAAAAAAAUGGCUAGGGCCUAGGUGUGGUGUAUUAGGUGAUCACGGUAUUUCCAUUUAGUUAACGUUCAUAUAAAAUAAUAUAAAAAAUCUAGUUUCCUUGAGUUAUUCCACUAUCUGCAUACCUAUCUGAUAAUUCAAACUUGAAGCUACCAUAAAAACAGCGAUGGAAAACGAAUCUGGAGAUGCCGCACAAAUUCAAGUUCGAUUCAUCACUAAACAAGAACAAUAUGCAGUUUCCGACAGCCCUUAUGCGAUACAGAGCAAUGUGAAAACAGAACAAUUAAAUACACUAGUUAAUGCACUACUGAAGGAAAAUAAAACAAAUUUUGAAAAAGCAGUAGAUUUUGAUUUUCUAGUAUGUGGGGAAUUGCUUCGAACUUCAGUUGCAGAGCAUUUGCGAGAGAAAAGUAUAUCAACAGAGGAAACUUUACUUAUUGAAUAUAUAGAAAGGUUCCCUGCCCCAACCCCACAGGAUUGCUUAAUGCAUGAUGAUUGGGUCUCUGCUGUGGACACACAUGGAAACUGGUUAUUAUCGGGGUGCUAUGAUAACAGCAUUCACAUUUGGAAUACUAAAGGUCAGCAUAAGUUGGCAAUACCAGGACACACUUCUCCAGUUAAAGCUGUUGCUUGGGUGUCUUUGAAUGAAAGUGAAGCGAUUUUUGCAAGUGGCUCCCAUGAUCAGUCAGCAAUGUUGUGGGUAUGGAAUAUACCUUCAAACUCUGUGGACUGUAUUGUUACGUGCCGUGGACAUGACAAAGGUGUUGAAUGUCUGGCCGUGUCUGCUGAUUGUCAACGAUUUGCAACUGGUGGCUGGGACAACAGUGUUUGUCUUUGGAGUGCAAGUAAAUCAACUGAAGACAAUGUACCAUCUAAAAAGAAAAGUAAACCAGAAAUGGGACACUCAAGAGAACCCCUGACUACUUUAAAAGGGCAUAAAGAAGCUGUAUCUGGAGUGCAGUGGAUGGAUUUCAAUACUGUGCUGUCUACCGGUUGGGACCAUCUUAUAAAGUUGUGGGAUUGUGAGCUUGGUGGAAUCAAACAGGAGAUUGCUGGUAAUAAGGCGUUCUUCGACGCGGACUGGUCCCCACUUAACAGAAGCAUCAUAACAGCAUCGGCCGACCGACACAUCCGGUUGUACGACCCCAGAUCUACAGAGAGCAUAGUGAAGGCCACAUACACAUCUCACACCGGAUGGGUUCAGUCCGUGUGCUGGUCCAAAACGUGCGACACUUUGUUUCUGUCAGCCGGCUACGAUGGUCUUGUUAAACUGUGGGAAACUAGAAGUCCGAAGACACCAUUGUUCGAGUUGACCGGACACGAAGAUAAAGUUCUCUGCUGCGACUGGUCUAAUCCCGCGUACCUCGUGAGCGGCGCGUGCGACAACACGCUCAGAAUAUACAAAGCGAAACACGCGCUCGCCAACAAUAUUUGAUAUCUGUUAACUAAUUAAAUUGGUACUUUGUUA